GUCCUCCGCCGGCUGCGUCUUCUGCCCCUCCUCCCCCGCCUACACUCAAGCCGACGCCGACAAUGCCCGACGCGCCCUCCUCUCCUAGAAAGGUGGUCUCCUCCACCUCCAACGCCGCAAGGUCCAAGAAAACCGGAGCGCCCAAGCCGAAAGGCGCCGUCCGCGCUAAGUCGGGAUGCUACACCUGUCGGAUCCGCAGAAAGGAAAACAAUAGCGUAACUGAAUUGCGGGAGAAGAUCAAGACGUUCCUUGCCUCACAAGGCAUGAUCAAAGGCCAUUCUGGCUCAGGACCCCGUGCGACAGACCAGGACCCGCAGAUGCUGAUCCUGGUCGAGAACAUGCGCUCGUCCCCCUCCAGCCCUCCUACCCCGACACUGUCUGCGAGCUCGAGCGAGACGCACAGACCGCACGGCGGGCCAUGCAGCACGAGCCUUACACUGCCAGCUGGCAACCGACGCUCCCGGAUUUGGGUUCGCAUCACCAUGAUCCGUCGUUGGGUCGCAACACGAAUGUGCUGCCGACCGUGAACGACAUGCUCUAUCCCCCGCAACCCUCUAAUAUGUUACCAUCCUCUACUAGUCU